AUUCAGCACACACUUUGAGACCAUCUCUACCAUACUGGGGGCAACAUACUGGCUCCUCACCGUGGGCGUGAUAAUGGGCGUCGGCUACCUCCACCCACCGCCCAUGCCCGCCCAUCUCACCCCACCAACCUUCCUCCUCAUCUUGGCCACCCACACCGCCGUCCCUCUACCACGCCUACACGCCCGUAUCUUAGCUGUGGUGACGACUUCCCUGCCUCUUGCGCCCAUUGCAUUCUGGUCUACAAGGAGCUGGUCGGCUGUACAGGUUUUGGGUUACACGCUGAUGAUGGUAGCCGCUCAUACUCUAGGUUGGUGGCUGGAUUGGGAGGCCGCCCACGCCCACAAACACGCCCGCAGCUCUACCAGGGAGGUGAUAGAAGCUAGAGUGAAGCUGGAGUGUGAGAGAGAACAACAGGAGCAGCUGUUACUCUCUGUUAUACCGGCUUAUAUAGCUGCUGAGGUAAAGCGUCACAUCAUGUUAAGAAUGGCAGGAGAAUGUACCGAGUUGCCACCCAACGCUCAACCCAAGAAACAGUUCCACGACCUUUAUGUCCAGCGCCACAACAACGUCAGCAUACUAUACGCAGAUAUCGUCAACUUCACCCCACUCUCAGAGCAGCUCAGCGCGUGUGACCUAGUGAUGACCUUAAAUGACCUGUUCGGACGCUUUGACCAAAUUGCCAAGGAAAACCAGUGCCUCAGGAUUAAGAUUCUUGGGGACUGUUACUACUGUGUGUCUGGUCUCCCGGUAUCCAGACCGAACCAUGCCGUCAACUGUGUCAAGAUGGGGCUGGAGAUGAUUCACGCCAUCAGGUGGGUGAGGGAGGGGUGAGGGGUGAGAGCGGAUAUGCGCAUAGGGAUCCACACGGGUAAUGUGCUGUGCGGUGUGUUGUCUGCGCAGUGGCAGUAUGACGUGUGGUCUGAUGACGUCACCCUGGCCAAUCACAUGGAUGUCCCGGGAAGGGUCCACAUCACACGGGCGACCCUCAACCAGCUGGACGACAGGUUCCAGGUCGAGUCAGGUCAGGGUCACCUCAGAGAUCAGUACCUGGCUGAUCAUAGGGUUGACACCUUCCUUAUCGUCUCCAGUAAGGAGGAGGACGGUGAAGGAGGCGGUGUAGGUGGCUUGGAGGAACGGCCACGUCUUAAGAGCGCCACUAAGAUGACUAAGUACGUGGAAUGCUGGGGCGCUGACAAACCUUUCGCUUCCCUGGCUGAAAGUACUAUGGCCAAGAAUCUACGUCUGACGAGUGUUGCUAUGAUUGAGUCGAGUCUACUACCUCCUGGACCGAUGUUGCUGGAUUGUAGGUGGUGGCAGAGUGGGUGGUGGGGGUGGAGGCAAGAGGUGGAGUACAGGAUACGCCCACACGCCGCCCAUCAUCAGGCUCUUGCUGCUUCCACCGCCCUCACGCUGCUUGUGGCCACCCUUGUCGCUGCCUCCCUGCCGCCCGGGUCGUGGUGGCUGUGGGCGUGUGUGGGCGGGUGGUCGUGUGGGGUGGUGGUGUUGACGCAGUGGGCGUGGUCCUGUGGACGUGGGGUGGUGACUAAUCGCUGGACCGCCCGGAUUAUCACCUGUUGGGUCGUCGUGGUCGUCUGCGUACUGCUGGCGAUGACCUGGCUGGUCGUGCCUGAAGAAUUGCCUCGCCCGGUGACGUCACAGCCUACCACAAUUGAUGACGAUGUAAACAUGACCUUGCCUGUUCUCACACUGCCUCUGCGGCCACAACAGCGAGAUGCUGAGCUGUGGGUAUGGGCGUGUCUCUUAUCAAUAGGAGUGGUGGCUGUGUUCCCUAGAGUGGGCGCUUGUACCAAAAUAUUCGUUAUGACUCUCAUUACAACCGCCCACAUCAACGCCCUCAUGUUCUACAAGGACCACGAGCUUAGUAUUUACGAUUGGGAUGAUAAUUUUCUUCUUGUGUACUUCAGUCGUUAUUAUCACAGGUUACCGGGUGUGGCGUGGUGGGUGGUAGUAGGCGUGCAGGUCUUGGCUCUGGUGGGCGUAUUGGGCGUGCUGGGAGGUCAGAGCGAGGCCAGGGCGAGGACACACUACACUUGGGCCUCGAGGGUAGCCGUGGAACAGGAAGAGGUCGAGACUACGCGAGGAAUUAACAAAAUAUUACUGGAAAAUAUUUUACCUGCCUAUCUCGCUCAUAGGUACCUAGUGUCGUCCAAUGUACCGCAGCAACAAGAGCUUUACCACGAGAGGUACAGCAGUGUGGGGGUCAUGUUUGCGUCUAUACCCAACUACAAGGAGUUCUAUGACGAAACAGAUGUCAACAAACAAGGAUUAGAAUGCCUGAGGCUACUGAACGAGAUCAUCUGUGACUACGAUAAGCUGUUGUUAAAACCCAAGUACAGUUUGGUGGAGAAGAUCAAGACCAUCGGCAGCACUUACAUGGUGGCGUCUGGUCUACACCCCGGCAAGGAGGAGGAUUUUGAGAAUGCCAGGGACAGAACGGAACACUGUCUUGUGCUCUUGGUGGAGUUCGCCCUGGCUCUAGCUGCUGUGCUGGAUGCUAUCAACAAAGAAAGUUUUCAGAGCUUUAAACUGAGAGUAGGUCUCGCCCACGGCCCAGUAAUAGCGGGGGUUGUGGGCGCUCAGAAACCCCAGUAUGACAUCUGGGGCAACACCGUCAAUGUCGCCUCUAGGAUGGAUUCUACCGGGUUGAUGGGCAGGAUACAGGUGACGGAGGAGACUGCAGCCAUCCUCCAGGGGGCCGGGUGGGAGUGUGAAUGUCGAGGUCCUACUCCAAUCAAAGGUAAAGGAACACUUAUCACCUACUUUGUGUCGACGCCCUACGAUCCUCCUGUCUCUGAGCUCCGCAGUACUCUCUCCUCCUACGCCCUCAGACCUGACGAAGGGGCGUUACUUCGUCAUGCAGCUCCUAUAUCCUCCGGGAAUUCUCUACUGGUAAGGAGGUGUUCACAGUCCCCCUCAGAACCAGAAUUCACCUGCGGUUUGCCCUCCUCUAGUGACGACGCCCAUGGUGAUAGCUCCUGUAGUUCCCUCACCACCAUCAGGGUUCCUACAGGCACCAGGAACUCACAGGAUUUAACAGACACAACACUGAAGGGUGAUCCUGUUGUUCCUGACGAUGCCACGAUCCUGAAGAAGGUGGUAGUGUGUGUUAAAGAUGGCGUGACCUCCAGCAGGGUGAUCCACGGGUAUAAUGAUGGUGACCUUCCCUUCAGUAUGUCUGUCACGAAUCCUGGUGGUGGUGGUGUUGGUGGUGAUCAGGUCAUAACACAAAAGAAAUUAUCCUUCAGAAGUCAACAAAGAAUCCAACGAGUGUCUCCGGACGAUAAAAAAUCUCCAGUCGUGAAAUCAAACCCAUGUGCUACUGAAGGAGGCUGUGAAGGUGAAGGCGUAGAAGAUAUACUCAGCGCCACACACAACGGGGGCCCCUCUACACCCACACAACAACCACCUCACUCACAACUCACUACCAACACAACAGCUGGUGGCAACGAUAAUGAAACACUAUCGUCCUCCAGUGAGAAGCUAGCAACGCCAGUGAAGACGAAAGCUAAGGUGAGCAAACAGAUGACCCUGGACUAUAGCGUACCCAGAGACACCCGUCGUAUGGAAAGGCUAUCAAAUCAGGCUAUGAGUUUUGAUAGUACACAUCUUCCUUCUACCUCCUACGUCACGAGAGGAGGAGGAGGAGGAGAAACAGGAAGAGGAGGAGAUGUUUGUUUAGAAGAAGGAAAGGCGAUAAAUUCAAGAACAGGAGGAAACGAUCACACGGAAAAUCACAACACAACAAAACACACGAGACAGCAGCUAACAGAACACCAGCAAGAACCUGAGGACAAAACCAAGCUAAAAGAUGACCACCCAAAUCCUCCCAAACCUGACACGAACCAAGAUGAACCACUAGACAACACCACAAAAGAACCAAACAGUUUAGCCACCAUAGAAAACGAUGCGAUUAGAGACAGCGUAAAUAGACUUGAUAAAGAAUUGGAGGAGAAACUAUUAGAGAAAUGUAAUGAGUAUGAGAAUCCGGUAGAUAGUCUUCAGAAACGUAAAAUACCUAAUAUGGUAUCAAAGGGGGAUAUUUUAGCCUCCCAAAAUGGCCACUAUGAGCAAAAAAGACGGGAGAAUUUUGAGGAUAUUGGUCAUUAUGUCUCUCGUAAUAAUAAAUCCUCCCUUCGUGAAAAGAACUCUUCCUUCUUGCCAAAAAUCCGAAGAGGUAAAUCAAUUGACGUAACAACUCCUUCAGGUAAAAUAAACACAAUUGAUGCAGGGAGAAGAGUAUCAAUGGUUAACUACGUCAACGAGAAGGAAAGUACUCCAUCUACCUCAGGGUGUUCAGAGAAAGUACCAGCUACGUGUGAUGAAGGGAAAGUAGUAGUACCAAAUGUUGAAGGGAAAGUAGCGGCUUCAUUCUCAAAGAAAUCGGUUAGUUUUACGACCAGUGGCUUGGUCAGGAAGAAAAGUCAAGUGUUUGUGUAAUGUGAAAGUCAAUUGUUUGUGUGAUGUGAACAAAAAAACGUGUUUGUGUAAUGUGAACAAAGUCAAUUGUUUGUGUGAUGUGAACAAAUGAACAAAAACUGUGUUCAAAAAGAAAACAUAACUAAAUAGCUCUUCUUUAAUAUAUUUCUAUAUUUUGUUCAUGAUUAUAAAACUUUUUGAACACUCGUGGCACUAUUUUGUUCCAGUGAGUUAAAAAAAUGAACAAUUUGUAAUAAUUUUGUUCCAUUUGAUAUUAGUCUUGAAAAUUCAAUUAUGGGAUAGUAUUGUGUGUGUGUGUUCAGUUUUGUUCACUAUGGAAUGUUUGUUGACUCCUUUUUCUUGUAUGAGAUGAACUGUUCUUAUUAUCUUGAACAAAGUCACUUGUUCACCAUGUUCUACUUGUACCAGGAUGAACAAAUAACAUUGUUCAUCAACCAGACUAUAUGUUCAGUGUUCAAAGAAGGUCACAAGACACAGUAACUUACAUUGUAACUAAAACAAUGGUGAACAAACACAAAAUGUUCAUAAAUACUCAUUAUAACUGUACCAGAAUGAACAAAGUGCCAUGUUCAUUAUUCACUAUAUGUGUUCAAUGUUCUACAGAUGAACAGGAGUGAAUUUUUCCUCCAUUUGUAUAUCAAGAAUCACAACUGGAGUUGAACAAAUAUUCAUGUGUUCAAUAACAGUUUGUAUAAUUAUAAGUGUACCUUGAUGAACAAAAUGUAAUGUUCACUACUCAAUAUUUGUUCAUUGUACUGAUAUGAACAGAAACGAUGGUUAUGAUACACGUCUCUAUUGGUGAUGAACAAACUCAAAUGUUCAUAAUUGCACCAGAAUGAACUAAUACUGUGUUCAUUAGUUCGUUGUACGUGUUCAAUGUUCUGCAAGUGAACAGACGAAAAUGUUCACAAACAAAUCUAAUUAAUUCCACCAGAAUGAACAAACCUGGUUGAACAGAGUGAAGUGUUCAUUGUACUCCUUGUUCAGGUAGUACCGACAGCUGAACACUUUAAUGAACAAAUGUGUUCUGUGUUGUGGGAAAUGUGAUUAUGAAAACAAUGGAACAUGAACAGAAAAUCAUGAACAGAGUGGAACAAAAUCAUAUCUAGAUAACUCAGUGAAAUCCAUGGAACAAUCAGAGGUCCAUGGAACAAAAUGGAACAAUCAGAGGUCCAUGGAACAAAAUGGAACAAUCAGAGGUCCAUGGAACAAAAUGGAACAAUCUAUAAUCCAUGAAACACCUGGAACAAUUAUGGAUUCAUGGAACAGGGAUUCGAGGACCACUAUGGAACAAACAGGGAUGAACCAUGGAACAACGUGGAACAAACUUAAUACUAAUGGGAACACUGUUGUCUUCCUCUAUAAAUGUACUGUACAUAACUAUAUAUAUUUAUAUUUGUUUCACUUUAAUAUAUAUGUUUGUACCAUUAAACAGUCCAUGAACAAUUGUACAGGGCUUCAAGUGUACAUUCUCGAAGUAUUGUACUUAGUGUUCAUAGAGGGAGGGAAGG